CUGAGCGAGGACGAACGUGUACAAGUCCGGUUGUGCUUGUGAAUGUGUUGGAUCAUACGGAAGACGCGGCUUCAUCCUCUGCAUCUCAGGCAGCAUCUCAGGGCCGUCUCAACUUCCCCCGUCGACCUCUUCUCAGCCGUUCCCUAUUCGCUCUUCGAAGCAGCGGCUCAACCUCCGAGUCCUGACAGCUGUCACCCGAUCUCCCAACAUGUCCUUCACAACACGGCUCCCAUCUCUGCCGCUCAUCACGCUUACGCUACUAGUCCUCCUCUCGCUCCUGCGCCCCUCACCAUCCCUCAACUCCAGCCUGCUCGUUCUCGCUCGGAAGCCAAAAUUCGGGCAGGACACCAACUACGGCGAUUACAUGAAAGCCGCCAAAUACGGCCGCUCGCACAUGCACGACGGCACUGCUGAGGCUGCUGCCGAGGCGGCAGCCCAGCACGACACGACACCACCGCCGUCCGAGGAUCCGAAUCAUUACAGCAAAGAGAGCGAGCAGGAAGAUCUGUUCUACUUCUUCUCCCUAGCGGAUCAGAACGGUGAUCACUACCUCGAUGGCCAUGAGCUGAGACAUACGUACACCACUGGCGGCGGGGAGCAAUCGACGGAGCAUCCGCCUAAGGAGCAUCGGCUGCCGCUGGAGGAGGUUGAGAGCAUGAUCGAUCAUACGUUGCUGGAGGAUGAUAUUGAUGGGGAUGGGAAGAUUAGCUGGGAUGAGUACUUGGCUAGUCAGUUUUACCAUCAGAAGGUUUAGAGAGGGAUUCAGAAAGCUUCAUCCCGUAUUGCGAGUUGGAUGGUCGACAAUCGUUCUAUGUAGAUAUCGGUCGAGAUUCCAUAAUGGAUACUCAUCUAACACACCUCUAAACACGAUGGCCGCGCCGAAUUCGAUCAGAUUUCGCACAGGUGUAUCC